AUAUAUGUGUGUAAAAACAAGUAUAUAUAUAUAUACAUAAAUAACUAACGAUAACGAUAAACAAUAAUUAUAAGUACUUUACACGUGUAAGCAGUAUCCGAUAAAUCCGAACUAGUUGCACCAAGUGCCAUAGUCCAUAGGUCACAAGUACGUUUAACACAGCGAGAGUGAGACUGCUCGUUGCUAGGAACGAGGGAAAACGAGAAAUCGAAAAAAAAGAAACGUGUACGUGCAAAGAUACGAAGAAAAGAAAAAAGCAGAAGGGAAGAAACGGGAGGAGAGGAGAAGCAGGUCGAACGUGUGCCGUUCGACGACUACCUACCGGAUAAGUCGCGUUCUUAUUGCUUAUUGUUAAGGCGAACGAGUGCAAAGCAGCAGCCAGCAAUCAGCUAAAAACGCGCGUGAGAGAGAGAGAGAGAGAGAGAGAGAGAGAGAGAGAGAGAGAGAGAGAGAGAGAGAAGAGUUUAGUUUGAAGAAAGAACAGCGGAACGAGAGCGAACGAGAGGAAACGAGAGAAAUAGAGUUGCGUAAUCCGUGUGACCCGAGAUUUUUCGAUGGGCCAGUUUCGCCCAUUUUUAUUGGAGAACGGUGUUAGAGCAUGAGAAGAGAACAGACACCAAUAUGACAAUAUAUUAAUGAGAUUAAUUUUCCUCGGUUACCAUUGCCCGCAUUGCCUCCUCUUCGUAAAAAAAAACUCGUAAAAGGAACGGAUUAGAAGGAAGGAAAGAAAGAAAGAAAGAAAGAAAGAAAGAAAGGAAACUGGUACCGGAUGCCCGAUGUUUACUGUAUGCACACUUUCGUCGUUUAUUUUUUGAGAAAUUAGGUACGUGCGAUUAGACACAGAAUCGGCUCGCAAGAUCCAUGCGUUCUCCGAAACGAGAGAAUGAAUUAGAGGUGAGAGAAGAGAAGCAGAGUGCGAGGGAGAGAGAGAAAGAGAAAGUGAGUACGAGCGCGAGAGAGGGAGAGAAAGGAUGAUCGCGGAGAAGACCUGUAUAACGCAUAAUACGGCCAUGAAAGAAUCGAGGUGAAACGCAUGUGACCGUUUAUACGUUUCUUUCUUUUCGUCCGUUUACUAUUAUUUUCUUUCGUGCAAGAGCAUUAACAAUUAUCUUAAACGAAGAAAAAGAAAAUGACAAAAAAAUCUGUAGUAACAUCGCAAUUGUAUGUUGUAAACAUUACUAUUUCAAAUAUAAUAUCAUUAUUAACAGGAGAGAGUUUCUCACUUCGACUGUCCGGGGGAGGAACCUCGAACGAGCGUGAACGCUCGUUCCCUGCUUACGGUUUGUUUUAUAUUCCAGAGAGUCGGCGUUGCACGAGGAACAGGACCUCGCGCGAACUUUUGUAAAAGGUAAACAGAUCCACGACUCCAGUUGCAUACCUGAUUAAUGCAAUACGUCCAUUUACUGGACAUUGUUAAAUACAGUUACCUCGACUUUUCCAUCAACUACUCCUGUACACUCCUUCCAUCGACCGUUCAUCAGACCGAUGCGUAGGCCAUAAAACAAAGUUAAGUCAUUCAGAAACAGUAUCCAUUAAUCUACUCGUUCCUCAGAUCAGUACGAAAUCUUAUCUGCUCUACUCUGGUAGAGUGCAUAUCUCGAAAUCAGAACCAAAACAGCUCAUUCCUCAUCUAUUUCAGGAAGAACCUGUUUACUGUCGUUGUUCGCAAGCCUAGCCAUCGAACGAAAGAGGACCGUCGUAAGAAUGGUAGCGAUGGAAUCUGACCGCGUGCAACGGUCGAACACCGACCGCGAAUCCCGAUGAACAUCCCCCGGACUUGGCUCGCGUCCUCACCCCGCGAAGAAAGAAGGGGUUGCGAGUUACGAUACCGGGUUGGCGCGACGACGUAAAGCCGCGUUCUCCAGCCUCUUGAAUCGAUGCCAGUGAAACGAGUCGAGCACGAGGCAGCCGUUCUGCGUUCCGCUUCGACCCGAUAAGGAACGGAGCGUUCGAUGAUUACCAGGAGCCGUCCGACGUGAAAGAACGAGCGAGCGCGGAUUCAUUCGCUGCUGAGGAUUAGAUCGGAUUGGAUUGGAUCCUCGAUGCAGGCAUUAACCAGAAAACGAUCGAGGGAAAUUCGGUCGAGAUGUUCCUGCGGCGACGAAGCUAAUCGGUGAGCGUGUCCUGCGUCCUGUUCCACCGUCGCUGCCGCCGCCGCCGCCGCCGCCGAGGGUACGAAUACGUCGUGAAGUUCAGGACGGAAUCGAGGAAGGUGGGAGAAGACCGUCCGCUACCUCUCGACGUGGAAUGAUAAUAAAGGAGACGGAUCACGGGACAGGCCGGCACGCGGCGACAUUAUGCAAAGGACGUGUAUGAAUGUACCGUGUUCACCCCUCAGACCGAUCCCCAUUCGGAUGGCGAUAGGGGCGCUCGUCGAGCUCGCGAUCAAGCUCUUCAUCAGCGGCUAUAUACUCGCCGUGGUCGUCUACGUGAACGCCACCGGUAACUGGGAUAAGGACGACGAUCUGGUUGCGACUUUUGAAGUCAGCGCCGUUCUUGGACGCACCGCAAGAUUGCCUUGUGACAUUGAACCGUCCACGCGCGAGGAUCGCGUUUACAUGGUGCUCUGGUUCCGCGACGACGCCGUGAAACCGAUCUACAGUUUCGAUGUGCGAGGAAGAGCGUUUAACAAAGCCCUGAACUGGUCGGAUAGCACCGUGGUCGGGCCGCGAGCUUACUUCGUGACCGUCACGAAACCGGCGACCCUCUCGCUAGAAGCGGUUCAACUGGACGACGAAGGGAUCUACCGAUGUAGAGUAGACUUCAAAAAUUCGCCCACGAGAAACUUUCAAGUGAACCUCACCGUAAUCGUUCCACCCCAUCAGCUGUUGAUUUACGAUAGCUCCGGAGUGGAAGUGGAGAACGCAGCAGGACCGUUCCAAGUGGGGGUCGAGUUUGGUCUUUCUUGCGAAGUGAGGGGAGGGAAACCGACGCCGCUGGUCAGUUGGUUGGUCAACGAGAAGGAAGUCGACAGCAGACAAGAGGAUAUUGGGAGGAACAUAGUCAUCAGCAAACUGACCGUACCUCAAUUAAGAAGGGAACAUCGUAACACGACUUACAAGUGUCGAGCAUCGAACACGAACCUCAUACCUCCGUUAGAAAAAGCCAUUCUCUUAGAUGUUUACCUGAAGCCACUGUCGGUGAAAAUAUUGUCGAAACCAGCGAUUCUCGAGACGGAGAAAGAUUACUCCAUCGCGUGCGAGACAGCCGGAUCGCAUCCUCGGGCAAAGAUCACUUGGAUGGAGGCAAACGCUGUUUACGACGGUGGCAAAGUGCUCGACGCUGGGAACGACUCGGUGGUCUUGAGCACGUUAAUAUUUUCACCCGUCGCCGAUGACCACGGAAAAAUCCUGAAAUGUCGAGGGGAGAAUCCAGCACUGCCAGACGCGUUUCUAGAAGACUUCUUUCAACUGAACGUAGUUUUUCCACCUAAAGUACAAUUACACUUGGGCAGCACUCUGAACGCAGAGAAAAUAAAAGAAGGCGAUGACGUUUACUUCGAGUGCAAAGUUUGGGCCAACCCGGAGCAUCAUAAAAUCACGUGGAGGCACAACGACGCAGUGUUGACGCAAAACUAUUCGGCUGGUAUAAUCAUGAGCACCCAAAGUCUGGUGCUGCAGAAAAUAGGUCGAGACAAUGCUGGCAACUACACGUGUCUCGCCAGCAAUGAUCGUGGGGAGACCACCAGUCCCAUGGUCACGUUACGAGUCCAAUUUGCACCGGUCUGCAAAGCGAAAGACGUGUCGAUAAUCGGAGCAUCGCUGGAGGAAUCGGUGAAGGUACGCUGCGAGGUGGACGCCGAUCCGAACGAGGUAGAAUUCGUUUGGGAGAUCAACAACAGUGGCGAGAACUUCGAAGUAGCCCCGGCGAAAUUCGAUGGUAACAACGGGACGACGAGCGAAUUGGUCUACACGCCGGUUUCCGAGAGAGACUACGGAGCUUUGACUUGUUGGGGAAGAAACGCGAUAGGAAAACAAGAAGCGCCUUGCGUCUAUCAGAUCAUUCCUGCAGUGAAGCCGAAUCCCCUGAACAACUGUACGAUAAAGUUGUCCCUGAAUCAAAGUUCCGAGAUCCUGGAAGUAGAAUGCGUCCCGGGAUACGACGGCGGAUUGAGGCAAGAGUUUCGUUUAGAGGCGUACGAGGUUCUCACUGGCAACUUGAGGGUGAACGCGUCCAGCGUGUCGGCGGACCUGCCGAUAUUUAGGAUCGCCGUCUCCGAUCUGCUUCCAGCGACGCAUUUCUAUCUGGUCACCUACGCCGUGAACGCGAAAGGAAGGAGCGAAGUGAGUCUACUGGAGGAUAUCAUGCUGAGAGACUCUGAGAAGCGUACAGAUAGCGGAGUGAGCAUGCUCCCACUUGUUCUGCUUCUCAUCGGGUGUCUAAUGGCGUUCGGAGUUACCGUUCUCUCGGUGAUGUUGAUGAUGUACCGACGCAGAGGAACCACGUCUCCAGUUCACAUCGAGCCUUAUAUGAAACAACCGAUAAUCACUCCUCCGGAUUCAAGGAGUAAUUCGAUGCUCGACGUCACGCACGGGGAUCACACUUAUUUCGUCGAGUACACGUUGAAACAGGUCGCAGAUUACGCGCUCAACAAUCAACCGGACAUCAUACAAUCGCCGCAAGAUCAGGAGAAGAUGAAGCGAGAACCCCAACUAUUUUUACCCGUACGACCAGACACGCUGUUUGCACCGUACGACGUUCACAAACAAGGACUCCAAAGCAACAGAUGCAGCUUAAAUCCAUUUUCCACCAAGUCUUGGGAACCUAUUAGCUUUAAAGCUGACCGUAACUUAAUGAAAGAGAUCAUCAUCGCCAACUCUAUACCCGGUCCAGAAAGUUGUGUGUAAAGAACGCGAAGGGAGGACGAACAAGCGAAACAUAUCAAGUGGACCGACACGUUUCAAAGUCUACGAACAAGACGAGAACACGAGGAGGAAUCGUACCAUAGAAUCGUGACGACGGUGCCGGUGACCGCGACUGGUCUCCACCAGGGUCGACGCGUGUCUGCACGAAACAGCGAGGGACGGCGCAUCGCCGAAACGUACGACGUACUACACAGCUUGCAAAUGUCGAAUGUCUCGUCGUUGAAACCAGAAAAAUCUACGGAACUGAAAACAAUCUAGAAAUCGUCAAGACUAGUUGCAUACUAACUAAACGCUACACACGGUGUAUUAUUCCAAGUUUAAUAUAUUUUGUGUCAAGUCUUA